UGAAAACGUUUGGGUUUUCAAGUCGCAAGUUGCCAUUCACUUUUCUUCUGCAAGACUAGCGGACUUAACCGAAAGCAGCAGGGCAAGUUUUCGGAUUCAUUUGAAUUUAAACCCUGAUAAUUCGAUUAUAUAUUAUACUAAUUUGGAAGGUAGAGUUUAUUUUGUUCAAAGAUAGAUUUACUUUCAUGCAUGUUAUUUGUAGUGCGCUGAAGUCUUUCAACUCGUUUUCCAAUAGCCUAAAUAGGCAUGCCUCAGCGAAAUAUUUAGAACAAUACAAAACCUAGGCUAUCAAUCAUCGCUGUUUGUAACUUUGCAACCCACAAACGGUGAGUAUUUUGUUCGUUUAGAAGAAAAAUGUAGGCCUAGUGCAUGUAGGGCUAAUCAAACGCUGCAAGGGAAGUCUGGAAAGUGAAAGUCUCCGCCUACCAAUUCAGCAAGAGGGGAUUUUAUGUUUUCCCUUUCCCGAUCUCUGCCUGGCUAGUGGCUACAUAAACUGGAGAACACAGCAUAAUGCAAGGUUCCCAGUGCUGUGAUUGGCUCCGGUACAGCUACGGACUGCUGAGCGCGGAGUCGCUCAAAAUGCUGCAGGAGAUGGGAGGAGACUACACUGAGGACCCCUCACCGGUUCCGUUCCCCGAGUCUCAGUACAAAAAGAUAUACUCUGCUGAGCCAAAGGACCAAGUGCGGUUCCUUAAUGAGAGCAUUUAUCAGAUCACGAGGCUGUUCAAUGGGAAUAUGCAGGCUGUCAAAUGGGACAGCAAGAAGCUGGACGACUUUCUCAACCUCAAUUAUCGGCAAUUCAGUGAGCUCAAAUCAUGUGUUCCACCGCAGGUGAGACCGGAUAAGAAUCUGAGACGGUACUUCAGGAAACUGAACAGGAAAGUCCUGCGAAAGAUGAAACACAGUGCUGAUGCAUGGGAGCUCAUCAGGAAAGAGACCAAAAGUCAUCUGCUGAGGCUGGAUAUUAUCGCUGCUCAACUCAGAAAUAGGAUCUAGACACCCCCAGCAACCCCUCUUAUUUAUUUUAUUUAUUUAUCUAUUUAUAUUAUAAUAUUAUAAUAAGUACUAUUUAUUUUAUUACUAUUUAAAAUGUGCUACCUUUUUACCGUGA